ACAUUUUAGUUGACACAAGAGUUUUAAUUAUAUAUUUUUCUACACACAUCCUAACAUAUUUUAUUUUUACAAGAAAAUGUCAAAGAAAAAACCCGAUAAGAAGGAAAUUAUUAAAGAUCAAAUGACACUAGAUACAACAGAUAAAGCAACAAGAAGGGUGAUAGCCCCUUACGUAAAAAUUGUACGCAAAAGUAGGACCGGUUUGGAUAAAACUAAAGAAAGCCAAAAGUUUAGUUUUUAUCUGCAAAAUAAACCCAGCGUAUUGAUGCAAGAUCUCUCUUCGUUUCUGUCCGAUAGCGUCGAUUUAGCUUCGGUUCUGCAAGAAACGGCCGAGGUUCUUAAAGUGGUGACAAAAGCUGGCGGUGUAACUCUCUAUAUGGUAGAUACUGCCUCUGAGGAAAUAUUUCAAGUUCCCAAAAAUGUAACUGAUGAAAGGCACAAGGUAAAUUGGAAGAUUCAAAAGGGCAGUACAGUCGCGGCUUACGUUGCAUACAAGAAAGAAUUUAUACUGGUUGAUGAUAUUUUAUGUGAUGAACGAUUUCCAGCUGGAUUAGGAUAUCAAGAUGACAUGGUAAAAUCUGUACUAUGCGUUCCCAUAGUAACAACAGACGGUGAUUGCUACGCCAUUGUUGAAAUGUAUAGAACUAUCCCAGAUGUACCUUUUAAUAAAGACGAUCUAAAAAUAUCAAUAGUAGUGUCGGGAUGGAUGGGUGCAGCAAUUCAUCAAAACAGACUAAGGUUGGCUCUACAAAAGCAGCAAGAACUGAAUGAUUACCUUUUAGAUUUGAUUAAGUGUUAUUUUGCUGAUAACGUAUCUCUGGAGAAACUAAUUAGUGAAAUUGUGAAGUUUGCCAAGGCGACAUUAGGUGCUGAACGAGGGGCUUUUUUUAUCAUCGACCCCGAAAGUAGUGACAUGACCGCUGAAGUUUUCGAUGAAGGAAUUGAUGGCACCAGUACAACCAUGCAUAAGAAAAAUAUCAAAGUAAGACUGUCCAAGGAUCGAAGUAUUCCAGGCUUGGUGGCUAGGACUGGAGUCACUGUGAAUUUAAGGGACGCCUACAAUGAUCCUAGAUUUUUUACCGAAGUGGAGGCAAAAACUGGCUUCAUAACCCGAUCGAUACUAUGCAUGCCCAUCGUUAGUGUUGAUAAUAUUUUAGGUGUAGUUCAAGUAGUAAAUAAGAUUAAUGGAGUGGUAUUCACAGCUUCAGAUGAAAAUCUCUUUAAGACAUUUUCAGUGUACUGCGCUUUGGCCUUACAUUAUGCAAAGUUAAAUGAUAAAAUGAGGAGAACCGACCUCCUAAAUGAAUCAAAUCUGCAACUGUUAAGUUUGCAAAUAAGGCCCUGUAUACAUGAUUCGACGUCAUUUGCCAAAAUACCUGAAAUUGAUAUACCGGGUGGAUUUAGUGAUUUUAGAUGGUACAUUUCAGUAGACGAAGAACCAGUAAUGCCUCAGAUGGUUUACUACAUGAUCAAAACUAUUGUCGGCUUUGAACAAAUAAACCUUUAUAACUUAAGGGAAUUUAUAUUGACAGUAAGGAAGUGUUAUAGGGCGAAUCCAUACCAUAACUGGGAGCAUGCGUUCAAUGUGGCUCAUUGCAUGUACAACAUUUGCCUAAGAAAUAUGGAACUGUUUAACGACGUAGAGCUCAAAAGUUUAAUUAUAGCCUGUGUCUGCCACGACUUGGAUCACGGCGGCUACACAAACAAUUUCUUACAAUUGACAGACCACACUUUGUCACAAUUAUAUGACGAGUCGUUUUUGGAAAAUCAUCAUUAUCAAGUUGCCACACUUAUUUAUAAGGUUUUUCCUUUCUAUGAUAUACCGGAUAAGGUAUGGCAGCUUAUAACUACCGAAAUAAAACAAUGUAUCUUAGCUACAGAUCUGGCGAACUAUUUUAAGAUCAGAAUGAAGCUGAUCCAAAUAUUAAAUGAACAAAAAAUUGAUUGGAGUAAUAGACAUCAUAGACAUUUAUGUAAGGCGAUUAUGAUGACGAGUUGCGAUUUAUCUGGAUCCUGUAAACCUUACAUGAUUGCAAAAACUCUUACAGAUAACGUUAUUAAGGAGUUUUACAAUCAAGGGGAUAAAGAAAAAGCAAUGGGUUUAAAUCCUUUGUCUUUAAUGGAUCGUGAAAAAUCAUCGCAAAUACCAGAAGAUCAAGUAAAUUUUUUAACGAUUAUAGUGCUUCCAUGCACGGACUUGCUUAAGAGUUUUUUACCUAAUUGUGCAGAUCUUAGCGCUGAAGCCACGAUUCUUCGCAAAACUUGGCAAGAAAUAAUCGACCUGAAGGGAAGAAAAAGUUGGCGUCAAGAUGAUUCAGUUGUAAAUCCUAUAGAAUAGAAUGUUACAAAAUUGAAAUGUAUCAUAAAUAAAUUUUCUCUUAUAGUAUA